CGAGACAGGCGGUAAACAGUAGGACGGCGCGCAAAUCGCGAUGAUUAAUCAGAGUACUGUAAGGAGUGUGCACAAAUCGACAUAAAACGGCUCAGUUAUCUCCGGGAACCUUCCUCCACAUCCCUUCCCAAGAUAACGCAACCCGAAAAGCAAACUCGAAAGCCGGUGUUGGAUGACAUGGAUCUGUCUGAGGCGGAGGAGCUCGAUAGCGAUGAUGAAGUGUUUGACCAGGACUUGACGGCCCCUGACAGUGGCUACAGUGACACCAGUGGGACCUACGCGGCUGGUGCCUCUCCCACCUGGAACUCAGCCCGCCAGCGGUUGUUCUCUCCAACACAGUCAGUGCACUUCCAUGGAGCAGGGUGUGGCCGGGAGGAACAGUGUGACAGAGGGACUCAAACCUCCAGCUGCACCCCCCCGCCUAUCCACCCACAACCAGCCAAUCCCAUGUUACCAAGUGGAGUUGGAAGUGAGCCCCAAAGACUAUUCUAUGGAAAUGCAGGGUAUCGCCUGCAUUUUACCGAGGUUUUUGAAGUGCCGCGGGCCAGCACAGCUUCCCAUCAUGGUCGAACGGAUGGGCGGCCAAUGGAUUUGCAGCCAGAGGAGAGAGUGGAGAUUCGGAUUGGGCAGAAACUGCAGCAGAUUGGGGAUCAGUUUCACAGCUCCUACAUGGAGAGGCGUAACAGGAAUGAAAACCACAUAGACCAGCCCUUCUGGUGGCGGCUUCUCCUCCUCCUAUUUACCUUGAUCUUUGACCCUGAAGAGAAUGUGGAGGCAGCAGGGCAAAGGUGAGGCCCAACCUCCCCAUUCAGCCCUCCACUGUGCAACCAAAGGAGUACUGCGAAUGGCACUAAACGAGGGCACAAAACCACGGGUUGGAAGACACACACCGCUGGUCGGAUGGUGUUACCUUUUUCUUAAAAGCGGAAAUGGAGCUUUGCUUCCUAUAGACCUCCAGUAGAAACUUGCUGUCCACCUUCAUGUGCUCCCCACCUGCCACCAAUGCCUCAUUUCCCAAAGGCUGGACUCCUGAUAAGCCCCUCAACUCUGCAAAGAAUGUGUUCUAUUUCUUUCCUUCUGCUCCUUCCAGAACUCAACAAAAAAUAAUAGUGAACAAAAAAAAACACACACAGAAGCACAGCGGCGGCAAGAAGAAGAAAGAGAAACAAAACGGAGACAUCUUACCAUUCAUCAAAUCAUCAAAGCCGCACCAAAGAGUCUUUAGUACUGAACCAAAGCAAAUGUCACUGGAUUCUCAACAUUGGUUAUGUGCAAUCCCAUAGAGGUUUACCAUAUGUUUGAUAUAUCCUUCAUUCUCCCUUAACUAAGUGACCUCUCCGAGAACUAGAUUAUGUCUCCUGGAAGAGCUAAGAUUGAGGUGCCUUGAAAUUUUUGUGCCCAACUCGUGCACAAAGUCCACUGUCGGGCUCCUACUGUCUUGCUGAAAGCUUUGUUUGUCAGUGGUUUAUUUAAGAUACUAUGUUGUGACCACUUUUGGGUUUAGAACUUUGUUGAGUGAGUAUUGGCAUUCGGGCCGAGAGCAUCGUCUCUCCAGCAGGCCGGUUUUUCCUAGACUGACUGCAUGAGCCCAAACAGAGGCUUAGGUUCCAUUUAUGACCAAUUGCCUUUCCACUUCACUUUAGAAGUCAGUUAUUGUUUUGGAAAAAAAAUGAAAAAUAUUGCAGAAUAAUGACCGUUUUUCUGAUUUGUGCUUUAGUUAUGUGAGGAACUUGCAUGUUAUGUGGGGUGGACAGAGGAGAGAGAACAAGAACCAGAGAGUGAAAAUGCGCUUGGAAGUGGCUGAGACACCAUUCGGCCUAUAGUGCACAUGCAUGCCCUUUGGAAGAGCUAUCCAAUUAGCCCGGCUCCCCACACUCUUUCCCCAUAGUCUUGCAAUUUUUUUUCUUUUUCAAGUAUUUAUCCAAUUCGCUUUGAAAAGUGACUAUUGAAUCUGCUUUCACCACUUUUUCAGGUCAUAACUUUGUCCUGUGUAAAACAACUUCUCCUCAUUUUCCCUCUGGUUUUUUUGCCAAUUAUCCUAAGUAUGUGCCCUCUGGUUACUGACCCUCAUGCAGUAAAAACAUUUUCUCCCUUUUUCGUACAUCAAAACCUCAUGUAAUUUUGAACAUCUCUAUUAAAUCUUGCCCAAUUCACCAUUU